CUCAAGCACAGCAAAAAAAAAAAGAAAGAAAACAACAACAACAACCAACAAACAAACAAACAAACAACUUAAACAGACUUCAACCAUGGGAAGCUCACAAUCAACACCACAGCAAGAUACUAACAAACUCAGCCAAUGCCCAAUCCAACACCAAAACAACAACCCACUCCAAUCAUCCACCAACUUCAACGAAAGCAAUAAUAUCCCAGAACUCCCACAAGCACCCUCACCAGGACAGAGAACCAAACUAUCACUCCAACGCACACUCUCAUCCAUCCCACGUCCAUCAUCACCAGCCUUCUCAGCCGAAGAAGAAGACAACACACAAGUGAAAGCACUAGGAAACAGCUCAUGUCCAGUCCACCAAUCCACACCAAAGAAGGAGAAGGACACCUGGGUCUACCCGUCCCCACAGCAGUUCUACAAUGCACUCGUCCGCAAAGGAUGGGAGACCCCCGAAGAAUCGAUCCCGAUCAUGGUCGACAUCCAUAAUUGGAUGAACGAGGCUGUCUGGAACGAAGUCUUACGAUGGGAAUCCAGGUACUUCUUCACCCCAUCAUCAUCAUCAUCAUCAAACAACCAUCCGGUCCAACAACAAGAAGAACAGCAGCCGGAAAUCUCGUUGGUCAAGUUCCAAGGUCGUCCACACGAACUCUCGCCCAAGGCCCGCUUCAACAUCCUCCUCUCCAUGAUCUUCCCCAACCUCUACAAUCCCGUCAGGCCCUUCGACCGUCACGAUUGGUCGAUCUGUCGCGAACAUCUCCUCAAACAGGACCCGCAGGUCGAGAAAUCUAAGCUCUGUCGAUACGUCAUCGAUUACUAUAAUGGUGGGAUCGACGAGGACGGCAAUCCGGUCUUCCAUUUCGAUGUCCGACCCGCAAUUGACGACCUGGACUCGUUGGUCGUCAGAGUCAAAGAAUGGGCCCGGAUCAAGAACGAGACCUGGUUCAAGACCCCUGACCAAUCCACCAAAACACACCCAAAUAUCGUCCAAGGAGAUUCAAAGAUCUGAUUCACUUGCCACUCUCUUCUUAUCUUACAAGCCCAAUUCACGAUCAUUCUUAGCUUCCCCUUUGUUUUGCUUUUUAGACCUCUUAAUUAGCUUGAUCUCGCUUUUUUUUUCUUGUAGGAGGAAUUUGUCGUCGUCUCUCUCUCUCUACAUCACCACUCAUCGAUCCUCGUUCUUGUUCUUGCCAUCUUGACAGACUCCAAAAAAGACACACGGCCUGUGAAAGAAACCUAAUAGAAGAAACAAACACGUUUUCUAACGUCCGAAUUGACGACACUAAAAGUAAUGAUCAUUAUUAUCGGCCCAGCCUACGAUUCACAAAUAUUAUGUUAGACUACGCUACACGAUUCCAUGGCAUGAAAUAAAAACAAUCUUUUUCGGUUG